CAUCAUUGAAUAUUUUCUGAUAAAAAAUACGUCUAAGAGUACCCGCUCGUAACAUUGACAAAUUAAUUUCAUAGUCACCAGAUAACAAAAAAUAUAUUUAAUUAAGCAUCAAUACCCGUAUAUCGAAUAAAUAAUAACGUAAUAAAAAUAAUUCUUUCGAAUACUUUAUUGAGAAUCUUAAUAACGUCACGCUUUGAUGGUCCAUUGAUGAUGAGAAAGUUUAGUUAUUAUUUGCGAGAAAAGGAAUCGGCAUACCAGUUUUGCGUCCCUUUUUACCUGCACUACUCGGCCAUUGUUAAUCCCUGUCUCGUACAGCUGGCUCAAAAAUUUGUACCCGUUGAGUUAGUACGUUGACGGAGUUCAAGACGGAAUGAAAGUUUUAUAUAAAGUUUCUUCUUUUAUGAAUAAUAGUGAUACACAUAAGAAAUCUGUGAUAUUGAUGUUUUUAAACCUAUAUAUGAUUGUAAAUAAUAUGAAAUUACGCGUUUCGAAAAUCUUCCAAGGUUUAGUGGAUCUAUUUUACACGUGCGUUUCUAUUGUUAUUUACGAGGAUGAAGACAACUAUAUAUCAGAGGUAUGAUUACUCGCCAGAAUAACACUACAAUACAAUAUACCUAUUUGCAAAUUACGUGAAUUCUAUUUCAGUUCAAGAAUAAUUCAUCAAGUGUUCGCUUAAGUAUUGUCUUGAUAUUGAUCAGCAAUUACUUCGAGGCCGUUAUGGGACGGUAUUUACAGAAAAUGUUACAUGUAGCUGAAAAAUGUUUGCUUUAGAAGUGAAAGUUUCUGCAUGCAACUUUGUUACGUGAAGAAUGUGAUAUUUCAGUUCCUCCGGCGGUGGCCGAACGAUUUUACCGAGAUCUCAAGCGUAUAAAUUAAUAAUAUAAGCUGUAUGAAUUAUCUUUGUAUAAAUUAAUGCACAACAUUCCACUUUUAAACGUGAAAACAUGUAUCUAUAAUGAAGAAUUAAAAUAAAAUAAACACGGUGAGCAUUUAAAACAUGUAUUGACAUUAGAUUUUAUAUUAGUAAUUCCGUAAAUAUUAAUAUUAUAUUGUUAGUAAGUUUAAAAUAAAUAAUUGCAUAAAUUUGUUUAUAAUACGAUAAGCGUGAGAUGGCACGCAGAGUAUUCGUGUUACGUAUCAUCAGACACGCAUCGCAUCGCAUGAUGCUUUUUUAUACCCGCAUCCGUUCCUCAUUGUUUCUGUUUGUCCGAUCUAUUAUAACGAUAAGCGAGACGCUACUAUCAAUAGGUUUCACUCAAUCGCUUAACCUAUAACGUCGGUUCGGGGAUGCAAUGUUAUGUCUUGGAAAAGAUGCCGCUUGCGCAUACGAAGCAUAUCGGUAUUGUUCAUUGCUCACACGCGCUCCACUAACCCAAUUAGCGGUCGCUCAUUGGCAAAACAGACUUGGCUCACGGACCCACCAUGCGGAGAAAUGCCCGUCACAUUCGUGUCAACAAGGGUCAAACUGUCCCAUAUUGUCUAUGCAAAAAAAAAUCUAGUUAUAUAUCGCUAAUAAAUUGUAAUUUUUUAAACGAAACGUACUUUUUAAAAUUUUUAUUUGCGACUAAAUGCUUUAAACGUUAAAGAUUAAAAUAACAAAGUUGAUGAAUUGAAAUAACUAGGUACAAGUAUAAUUGACGGUUUGGCUAGCGACUUUCUAAUUAAAAAAGAAUUGUUUUAUCAAACAUUAUUAAUAUGUUUAUAACGGGCGUAAUGCGACGAAAAUGCGCGUGCCGCGGCACCUCGGAGUGCGCAGGAGGGCGCUCCCACGGGUUACCGAUAUUUUUAGUUCGCAACCAUUACUUGGCACCGACGGCCGUACUCAGCUGCGCUAGUGAUCUUUCUCAAAACCUACCGCGCUUUAGGCCCACUCCCGGUCCACAGUGAGGCUAGGUGCUAUGUCCCAUUUUGAUUCUGUCUUAUAAAAUCUGUGAUACAUCACGCUCAGUGACAUUUUAUAGAAUAUGUUUAUCAUGUAACAAUGAUUGGAAAUAAUUCAGUGUUUAUUCCUGUGUGAAUGGUGUUUCAUUACAAUUGAAGAUUUAUUACUAAAUUACAAUGGCCGGCAUAAGUACGAGCGGAAGUGGAGCGACGAGUCCACGCCGGCAGCGAUACACCCGGGCUUCUACCACCAGUGUGACUCAAUUGCUCUCCGACGGAUAUUCGAGUAUUAUGAAUCGGCUCACACGGCGUGGACCUUCCGAAAAGAACGACCCGAUUAUUGAUUCCAAGCUUACAAGUUCUGCACGCACUCGAUAUGAUGACAAUUUGCUUACAAACAAAAACCCCGCGUUGACAAAUGUAAGACGCUACGAAAACAAUAGACACAUUUCUCCGUAUAAAUCCUACUCAUCUGGUUUGUCAUCGACCACAAAGAAAUUGAGUGACGAUCGCACAUUUAACUACCUAGGUUCGACCAAAACUCAUGUCAAAACAUCUCCCAUUCACAGUGCGUCUGGUUUUAGUGCUCUGGGCCGAAGUGACUCAUUUCGUAGAGCUCAUAUUAAAGACAAGUCAUCGCCACUUGUCAAACGAUAUCCGUUGAAAGAAACAAACAAUAAUAUAGUGAGUACAAUUAUGUUGGGGAGUACUAGAAGUCGUUUAGAGGAUAAAUACUCAUCUGUCUUGGACAAAAUUGCAGUAAUGAAAAAAGAGAAAGCGCGUAAGGAAAUGGAAGACCGAGAAAAAACAUUAGAACCUGAGCCAACCUUUUCUAGUAGGGGAUUAAUGAGGAGUUUGACAACUGCUGUUUUUGGUGAAAAUUCAUUUAAAAGAAACAUGUAUUCCCGCGAAAAGACUAGGGACAAAACGCCGUUCAGAAACACGACUGAUCGACGUUUAUCUUCUCAUAAACAGAAUGAGAAAACUGAAAUAAAAAAUGGCUUUGACUUGAGUAAUAAAGAUCGUACCAAUUUUGGCAAAGAUAGGAAUAGCGUGUACAGGAAACAUCAAAGAAGAUCUCUACGCGCUGAAAAAAGUGAAACGGAACGGAAAACUAAUAAACUUUCCUUAAGGCCUGUGGAUAUUAGUUUGCAAAGUGGCGCUAGGGAUUUGGUUUCACCACCUCAACAAAUGAAUGUAGAUUCGAAAACAAAUGUUACAAAAACCCCUGCAUCUUCGCCCAGUAAAGAAAUAGGAAGGCAAAAGCAAAUAUAUUUCCCAUCGAGCGAUGAAGACGACGACGAUGACGACAAAACGCCUGUCGGUGAUCAGAUACUGAACGACCGCGAAACACGCCGUAAAGAGAUACAGAGCCUCAUAAUGAAAUACGCUCACUUAGAUGAAGUUUACGGUCGGAUCACCGAAAAAGAACCCAACGGAAUAUCAAAAGCGCCGACGGUGAUAAAGAAAACCGAACCAAUAAGCGUAGGCGAUGUUGUCGCACUACCGCCGGAGUUGAGAAGCCGUCAGAGGCCGCAGCGACCCCGCCACCUGACGAGGCACGCGGCGACGCCGCCUAGCUCCCGGGCACGCUCCUCCGUCAAGGACGACAAGGAUGGACACCUCGUCUACUGGCCCGGCUAUGUCAUGGGAGCGAGAUACAAAAUCAUCGACACACUUGGCGAGGGCACGUUCGGCAAGGUGGUUGAGGUGAAAGACUUGGAAAUGGAGCACAGAAUGGCUCUGAAGAUAAUAAAGAAUGUUGAGAAGUACAGAGAGGCUGCAAAACUAGAGAUUAAUGUAUUAGAAAAGUUAGCUGAUAUAGACCCAGAUUGUAAGAAUUUGUGCGUGAAAAUGUUGGACUGGUUCGAGUACCACGGGCACAUGUGCAUCGCGUUCGAGAUGCUCGGCCAGAGUGUGUUCGACUUCCUGAAAGACAACAACUACCAGCCGUACCCGCUGGAGCAGGUGCGGCACAUCGCCUACCAGCUGAUAUACAGCGUGCUGUUUCUGCACGACAACAAGCUCACGCACACAGACCUCAAGCCGGAGAACAUACUGUUUGUCGACAGUGAUUAUGAGCUCGUCUCUGUAUAUAGUAGUUCUAAGAAGAAGCACGACUUGCGGCGCGUGAAGCGCAGCGACGUGCGGCUCAUAGACUUCGGCAGCGCGACGUUCGACCACGAACACCACAGCACUAUAGUAUCCACAAGACAUUAUAGGGCGCCUGAAGUUAUAUUAGAACUGGGCUGGUCGCAGCCGUGCGACGUGUGGUCGAUCGGCUGCAUAAUGUUCGAGCUGCACCUCGGCAUCACGCUGUUCCAGACGCACGACAACCGGGAACACCUCGCCAUGAUGGAGAGGAUCCUCGGACCCAUACCCUACAGAAUGGCGAGGAAAACAAGAACAAAAUAUUUCUACCACGGCAAGUUAGAUUGGGACGAAAAAUCGUCGGCGGGCAGAUAUGUUAGAGAUAAUUGUAAACCACUUUUGAGGUACCUGCAGAGCAACAGCGAGGAGCACCGGCAGCUGUUCGACCUGAUCGCGCGCAUGCUGGACUACGAGCCCGCACAGCGCAUCACGCUACGGGACGCGCUCAAACACCCCUUCUUCGCCAAGCUGCCCGCGCACCAGCGGCUAGGACACCCGUUUACAAGGGCAUCGUAUCUUAGGUCAGGACUCAUUAUCAUUGUUAGACGCUUAUUAAGUUUCGUUUUUCAUACUGAAAGCAUAGUAUGACAUGAAACUGUAUCUUGUGUUGUCAGUGUGUUUAUAAUUUGGGCUUUAUUAUUAUUACUUUCUGUUGAAUAACAUUUUUAUUUCUCUUAUAAUGUGAGCUUGAGUCUUAGAUUUUGUUUUGGUUAUAUGUAUAAUAUUUUUUUGACUAUUUCUUUUCGCAUGUACCUCGUCGUAACCAUGUUCAGUAUUUGUUAAGAUUUGUCCUUAUGCAUUUAUUUGUUAAAUGUAGGUUCAAUGUUACGCAAAGUUAGAAUCUUAAUUCAAGUUUGUUUUAAUGUUACUUGCAAAACAAAUUCUAGCUUUGUCAUUUUUUUAACAUUUGUAUGUUGUAAUAAACAAUAAUGCAAAACUAAUUUUGAAAUAAGUAAUGGCAAAAUCUACAGAACAUUAUUUUGUCACGUUUACAAACAUAUCAAAAACUUAUCGAAUCGACUUCGUAUUAUUUCUUUGAGUUCUUAGAGCUAGCGCGCAGAGCAACUUGCCUCUGCAACUAUUUUGUCUCUCCCAUCAACUCUUUGGGGAGUUGCGUCGCUACGUGCGCGCACUUUCACUAGCCCAUAGAGUUGAUGCGAGAGACAAAAUAGUUGCGGAGACAAAAGUUGCUCUUGCGUGCUAGCUCUUAAUGUGUGCUUUGCGAGAAACUUUAUUAUUAUAGAUGUGA